ACGUCAAUAUUAGUAUCGUUGACAAAAAUACCUUCCAAUCUCACCAAUACCAAUAACCUACCAAUUAUAAAGAAAUAAUUAAAAUGGCUUCAGUGUAUAGAUUAUUGCCAACCUCUACUGACUUUUACGCGGAAUUACAAAUAAGAUCAGAUGAUGCGGAACACCAUCGCCACGAAAGAUUUAAGGCUGUGAUGAUCUUGAUUAAAAUAACUCGUGGUUGGCUGAUCCGUAGGCACGUGGCAUGGUUAUCAUAUAAUGCUAGAAUCAUCCAGUGUGCAUUUCGUAGGUUUCUGGCAAUGAAGGCCAGACGAGAGGCGCUGAAAAAUGCCGUGCGUGAAAAACAUAGGAGAUAUUACGCUCUUGCUGCUACGAGGAUACAGGCACUCUGGCGUGGGCAUCACUCAAGGCGUACAAAGUUCUGCUACCGAACGUAUCGUCGCUGGUUGGCUACUGUGACAGAACGAGGAGAAAGACGAGCGGCAGAAGCUGCGGAAUUCGGUAUCAGAAGUCGUGCAGAUGAUCUGAGAAUUUUAGAGGAAGAGGCACGCACGUGGCUUGCUUUCGUUGUCUUCAAAUUACAUCAUUUACUUAGAACAUACGUCUGUGCAGGAGUAUAUUCAGAGUAUGCAUCAUCAGAAUUGUCUGAAUUUGAAAAACUACUAAAAUCUAUUCACUACACAGAAUACAUGAAGAGAUUGAAGCGGAAAUAUGAUGAGUUUGUAAGAAAACACCGACCGGCUUUUUCGAAUAAGAGGUUGUUUCCGAUAAUAGGGGACGGGGCCGAGUAUUGGUACUUAUCGUUGGCCGAAAUGUAUGAACUGACUACCCCGCCACCAAAAUCGAAACGAGAGGAUAACAGGCAUCGGGCGCUGCAUCACGGACGGAUACAUAAAGAACCCUUUUUGUGGAGGAGACCCAGGCCAGGCUGGCAAACAGAAGGCCGUGGGCCGUUUACAACAAAGUGUGUGACGAAGUAUCCUCCGGCUCCAGCGCCGACACCUAUUCGAGCUGGAGGAGAUUCAGAAAAGCAAGUCGUGCCAAAAGACCCUAGGUUCCAUCUCUAUGUCAAACAUUAUAAACCAGAUCCUGCCUUGUUUGAUUACAUCGACUUUCACAUUAACACCUUACUGAGACGAAAGUGUUCCAUUGAGAACAUCGAUAAAGAGCUAUGAGAUGAUAUUACAAAAUUGGAUGAAAUAUUCAUCAUUUUUAACAUUAACAACACAAGAGUGGUUUGUUUGAAAACACUUGGGUUUUAACAUGGUUGCGUAUUAUUUCUCCCUUUAUUUUUUUUUUGCUCGGAAAUCCGUAAUCAGGCUGCUAAGUUUGGAAGGGUCGUCCGGAUGUUGCGAGCCGCGAGCCUUUUGUUGUUACGCUUUUGUUGUUGUGAAUUUUACACUUGUAAUUUAUUUCAGGAAACGCCUUGGUGAGAAAGAAAUUACGUUAAACUCUCCAAGGAAAAUGUGUUUUGUAAAUUAACAUUACGCUUGUAUAGGUUUUGGUCGGAUAUUUUUUAUUUGCUGUCCUAAAUCAUGUUUUAAUAUUCGUGUUCCAACACGAACACGUAAAUCAACGGAAUUGGUUGAGUUUAGACAACGCUUGCAGGUAGCUGUUCAAAGUUUGGUUGGGGGACGAUUGGUAUGAAUCAAUUGGCAUGAAUAUUUUUUAUUCAAAUAUUUACCUUUUUAGAAAAUUUGAUGUAAAGUCCCCGUCACGAGAAGCUAUAAAUUUUGUAAACAAGUGUUCAGGAGUUCACAACGUAAAAGUAAAAAGUGAUAACGAAACAAUAGCAAAAUUAACAAUAAAAACCAGAUCCGCGAUAUAUGCAAAGCAAUGAAACAAACUCGUAAGCAUUCGAAACUCGAAUGACUGUUUAUUUCAAAAUGGCGUCCCGAUAGUUUACAAUCCCUGUGACGGACGCGUUCCGGUACCAAGAAACACAAACGAUAGCGCUUUGCGUCGUUAAAAUAUAAUUCGAAUAAAUUAAAUAGGUUGUUACUUUCAUAUAACCCGUCUAUAUUUCAUGUCGAUUGAAUAUGUUCAAGUUAUUAUUAUCUCGCAGUAUAAAAUGUUUACUUAGUAAAAGAUGUUUGUUUACAUAAUUUAUAGCUUCUCGUGACGGUUACUUUAGUUCAGAUGAACAAACACAUAGAUAUGCGUUUGUAUAUAAUAUUAAAAAAUCAUGUACGGGUAUGCAGAACCUAUAGAAUUUCACUUACUACAAGUUUUUUAAACUCUCACUACAUUUAUGAUUCUGAUUAAACGCAAAAUCGCAUCAUAAUAGCUUGAAAAUGUCAUCGUUAUUGUAUCUUUAUCUUGCAGUCAUAUCAUAUUAUUUGAAAAAGAAAAUAGGUGUGUGCUAGCAUAUUCAUACGCUUCAAUUCUGCUUACACAAGGCGGUACGCGAUGAAUCGAAAUCGAUGACAUUCUCACAAUAUUUCGCCGUAGAAAAGCUUAUUUUAUUCUCACAUUCAAAUACUCCGACGUGCUCAUACUGGGAAAAGAUGUAGGUAAUGUAGUUGUGUUAUGUACAAUUGUACGCGCUUGUUUGUUCUUCAGUCUAUUAUGUUGAAGUAUCUUUACUGUGCGUCUCAAGCUCAUUUGUCUGACAAUGCCCGUUUGACUCGGCAAAUUUAUUAGGGUCAGAAUAAUGCAGGUUGGUUUCUGAACCAACUCCUUAUUGCACAGCCCGACUUAAGGCGGGUACCCAUUUGUUAGACGUAUAAUGGUUGACCCACUUUACUUAUGUGCCACGAAGCUGCCAGUAUAGGGUGUGAUUUGCGUCGCGGUACCACAGACAAUUACUCGUACCCUAUCAUUUAUUUAACAAUAGAUUCUAUUGAGAAGGUCCUAAACUCAAUAUGCUGUGCAUUCAUUUAGAAAUUCAAGGUCGAGUGAGGUAGCGUGUCGUGGUAUAGGUUCAUUUUGCUUUCAGUUUUGCGAACUUAACGUCAACUGUAACUGUCAGUCGCUCGCUCUGAGGGUGUGUGGGGUAUGAAUAAUGUAUGGGGUAAAUUUGCAAGUGUUUCAAUUUACACCCGCCGACACUCCACGCCGUUGAUACGCACCCGAGAAGUUGAAGAGCAAAAAAGAAAACAACGAGUCGCGGCACGCGUUACAUGGGGACUAGACGCCUGAGCCGAGCACAACCACUGAACUAGCUAUUUUCAAAUAUGAAUGAAGUGCGACACUGAUUUACUCUUUGUUUCACACCUUCAUUAUAUGAAGCCUCAUUACAUAAUUUUGUUCAUUUUCAUCUUUUGUGUUUACAUAAUUUAUUAAUGUAUUUUCAGUUCACUAUUGUAGUAUAACCAUAUUCUGCUAAUAGUGAAAUUGAGUCAUAAAUAAUACAGCAACGUGUAACUCCAUUAGCAGUUAGUCUAUAUGUCUACCUAACAUCUGUAAAAUAAUUAAACAGUUAGGUACGUAGCCAGGGUAGGCCUUCAUUGUAUAUAAAUUAAAUUUCCAUUAUUACGCAGCGAAAUAAAUUACGUAUUUACGAAACUUGUUCGAUCGUAAUUUUCUUUAUUGAUUUUGUUCCCGCCGCAAACGAGUAUGUCGGGUUUUCAAUUUUCUAAGCAACUUUUCAACAUUGUUCAGCUUUGUAAUCGUUAAAUUGGUACAUUUAAAUAAAUUGGCUUUUUGUAUGA